GGCGUUCGAUAGGUCGCUCGGGGCCAGUCAGUCUUCAGUUGCGUUCGUCGGGUGCGCAAGGAAAAGUCGUGGCCGUCUUUGUCUCACGGUAGUCGUGUGUCAGUUCUCUCACUUUUCGCUGUGAAAAUGGUCUAAACCCAGUUGGACGGGAUGAAGAAGCAACGGGAACCGGAUCGCAUCGCAGUCUUCGGCAAACUGACAGGCUAGUAGUCGCGGACGACGUCAAUCCCAAGUUCCGGAACUCUGCGAAAACGACAGCGGCGGCGGCGGCUAUCCCCUAAAAGCCACCAACCUCUCUUUCUCACAGUUAUCCGGAAUAGGGCCGCUCGCACCGCGUGUUGCAAGCGGCUUAGAAAACCAAAUUCGCGACGCAGACCGAUAAAGCAAACGGCCCCAAAAUUACGGACAACACCAUGGAGGACCUGCUGCAGGGCGGCCACGUCGUCAAGGAGCGGUGGAAGGUCCUUAAAAAGAUCGGCGGCGGUGGCUUCGGCGAGAUCUACGAGGGCCAGGACCUGAUCACUCGAGAGCAGGUCGCCCUGAAGGUCGAGUCAGCCCGGCAGCCCAAGCAGGUCCUCAAAAUGGAGGUGGCCGUCCUGAAGAAGUUGCAGGGAAAGGAGCACAUCUGCCGGUUCAUCGGGUGUGGCCGGAACGAUCGCUUCAACUACGUGGUGAUGCAGCUGCAGGGCAAAAACCUGGCCGAGCUGCGGCGCUCGCAGGCCCGCGGGGCGUUCUCCCUCAGCACCACGCUCCGGAUCGGGCUGCAGAUACUCAGAUCGAUCGAGUCGAUCCACUCGGUCGGGUUUCUUCAUCGUGAUAUUAAGCCAAGCAACUUUGCCAUCGGGAGGUUACCGUGCAAUAAUCGUAAAAUUUACAUGUUGGAUUUUGGUUUAGCUAGACAGUAUACUACCGGCACCGGAGAGGUUCGAUGUCCCCGGGCGGCCGCUGGUUUCCGUGGUACUGUGAGAUAUGCAUCGCUGAACGCGCACAAAAAUCGGGAAAUGGGUCGGCAGGACGAUCUGUGGUCUUUGUUCUAUAUGCUUGUUGAGUUUGUUACCGGCCAGCUUCCGUGGCGUAAAAUUAAGGAUAAGGAGCAGGUUGGUUUGUUAAAGGAAAAGUACGAUCAUCGUUUGCUACUCAAGCACUUGCCUUCAGAUUUCAAGUACUUCUUAGAUCACAUUCAAUCGCUAAACUACGCCGACAAGCCCGACUAUGCCAUGCUGGUAACCCUGUUUGAGCGGUGCAUGAAGCGCCGCGGCGUCAAGGAAACCGAUCCGUUCGACUGGGAAAAGGUGGAGGAGAACAACGCCGACCACGUCGGCGGCGAAGCCAAAGUAGUAAACGCAGCCGUACCAAAGAGUGAACUAAUUAAGAAACACAAAGAUAUCGAACUGACGGAGGUGAGGAAACGCAAAGUGAUUCCAGACUCGGUCAAGGUGAUGCACACCGAACCCAUUGAGUCGAUAAAGCCGCAACAGCUGCUCCAGCAGCAGCAGCAGCAGCAGGCGCAACAGAACAAUGCCGUGGCCAAGGCUAAUGGGACCGCAACCGGCAACGGAAUCACCACGGCACAGGCCAACGGGCAGAACGAAAAGUACGCCGCCGGUGAUCCGCUGGAUCCGCGGUUGCGGCAAGCGUUCAAGGACGCACUGAUCGCCAGCCAGGAGGCGGGCACCAAGGUGAAGCCGGAGAUUCCGCUGUUGCGAGCCCACACGGAUGUCAACAAGCCGUCGUCGAAGCACGGUGGUAGCCGGUUACGGAUCUUGACGGCACCGCCGGUCAACAUCAAAGACUUUGCGUCGUCGAUGGACGCCAGCCUGCACCAGCAGCACUCGCAGGCCAACGAUCUGAACCUGUCGGAGGCGACCCGGGCCAAGCUGAAGAUGACGUCGGCGGGCAACAACGCCGACGGGGACGACGUCAGCUGUACGCCAGGCCUGGGCAAUACGGACGGUCAGUCGCCGGGCACGUGCGGCCCGGACAGUCUCCAGCAGGGCCUGGGCAACUCGCAGCUGACCCAGCGGCAAUCGCUGCACCUCGGCGGCAAGAGUCUGCGGUCGUUUGCGACCCAGUCGGCCAAGUACCGCAGCGUGGCGGACGACAAGAGCUGUCGGGACUACUCGAUCACGCAGCACGCCAUCAUCGACGACGAUAACGCUAGCCAGCACCAGACGCCCAAGUACCAGGGCGCCCUGACCUUGGCCUCGCAGUGGAAGAGCCAGUUUGACGACUCGGACGACUCCACCGACGGCCUCUGGAAGGGGGAGCAACAUUCCGAAAACGCAUCCAAGAAGAAUAUCCAGCAGCAACAUAGCAGCAAGCAAAACAACAACAACAACAACACAUCGACGAGUGCUAUUGUUAACAAUGUCACUACCAAUGCUCCUAUUGUUACUACAACUACCACAACUACUACUACAACUACAACUACUCCUAAUAAUGCUACUAUUACCAACAACCAACAACCGCCGCCGCAACCAGAAGACGCAGACGCUGACGCAGCAAUAGAGCUUGUUGCCGCUACUCUCAACUCUUAAUUUAUCCCCGAAUGAUGAGCAAGAAUUAUGACAAAAAUAAAACAAAACAAAAGAGAAAAGUAAAGCGUAUAAAGCAGUAUAGAGAGAUCGAA